GCGAUGAACCCGGUGAACGCGACGUCGCUCUACGUGUCUGCGAGCCGCUCGGUGCUGCAGUGCGACCCCCGAGACCCCCGCGCCUUGGCCGAACUCUGCAAGCUGCUGCCCUUCUUCCGGCAGUCGGUGUCCUGCUUGGUCUGCGGUAACCUUCUCCAGGACCCGAUGGCGCCGACGGACUCGUCGUGCCAGCAUUACGUGUGUCGCGGGUGCAAAGGUCAGCGCAUGCAGCUGAAGCCGUCGUGCAGCUGGUGCAAGGACUACUCGCGCUUCCAGGAGAACCGCCAGCUCUCGCUGUUGGUGCGCUGCUACCGCAAGCUCUGCCUGUACAUCACGCACUCGCCGCUCGCCGCCCACAUCGCCGGCGCCGCCGGGGACUCGCCCGACUUGCGCGCCGUUCUCAACGAGGGCUUGCGAUUGGCCGAGAGCGAGCCGGAAGCGGAGGAGGAAGCGCCACAGGAGGAAGCGCCGCCGGAGGAAGCGCCCCCGCCGGACGCCGUCGGCGAGGACGUCAACGGGGUCCACGACUGCAACGGACUGACGGCCUCGCCGGAUCCGGGCGGAGCCGUGAAACGGGAGGAGUUAGGCGAGGAGAUGCCGGCGGGGGCCGAGACGGGGCUUUGCGACAUCGGUUUCGGCGAGGAGCUGAAACACGGAGGGGGGCCGCUGCUGUUAAGCGUGGAGGAGGUUCUCCGGACUCUGGACACGGACACGGAACCCGACGACCCGCCCACGCCGCUGUCGGUCAACGGGCCGAUAUGCCCCGCCCUCCCCCUGGAGAGCAGCUGCCACCCCUUCCGCCCUCAGCCCGCCGCCGCCCCCCUGCCGCGAGGACCCCCUCGCUGCCACCGCAAGCGCUCCCGUUCGGAAAGUGACAGCGAGAAGCUGCGGCCCCUCCCCAUCGACAGCCUCCUGCGGGGACCCGCCCCAGAAGGCGCCCCCGCUGCUAUUUACGACUUCCCCGCAUCGGCGCCCCACUUCCACCCCAACGGCGGCACCCCCAAGGUGGGCAAGGCGGGCGGCAAGCCGGUCAAGAAGGUGGGGGAGCACCACGGGGGCGCCAAGAAGGCCAAAGCUAGGGCCCCCAAGCCCCGCUCACAGCCCCGAGGUCCCCCGCACCCUCACGUGCACCCCCUGAGUCACCCGCCCAGUCCCUCCAAGCCGCUGUAUAAGAAGCCCGUGGAGAAGAAGGGAUGCAAGUGCGGACGGGCUACGCAGAACCCCUCGGUUCUCACCUGUAGGGGGCAGCGUUGCCCCUGCUACUCCAACCGCAAGGCGUGCCAGGACUGCAUCUGCCGUGGCUGCCAGAACUCGUACAUGGCCAACGGCGAGAAGAAACUGGAAGCUUUCGCCGUGCCCGAGAAAGCCCUGGAGCAGACGCGCCUGACGCUGGGCAUCAACCUCACCAGCAUCGCCGCCGCCGCCCUGCGGGGUCCUCCCGGCGCCCCGCCCGGCGCCGCCCUGCUCAACGUGGCGGCCGCCACCGGCUCGCCGGUGGCCACCGCCUUCCUGUCGGCGGCGGGCCACGACGGCCGCUCCUUCGACGAUUCGCUGGAGAUGCACUUUGACUGUUGA